AUGGCAGCAAUGGACAUCGACAUGCCCAUGGCAUCACCUACCAGUCCGGCCCCGUACCCCACCAUAGCACCGGAGGACACUCGCACCUACCUCCGCAAGCGCAAGGCGUCACCAACCGUCGACGUGCGCAGAGUAUACCAGCAAACAGACCUGCAUCUCCCGCCACCCUUGAUGGUCCCCCGGUCGCCGUACGCGCUGCCAACGGACCUGGAGGAGCGGUGGCACCGCCUCCCGCACCUGUCCGGUCCUCCACACACAGCACGGGCCAAAGAACUUCCUACGGACGGAGAGCUUCGCUACGACGCCGAGCAGAUCACCGUAGAGGGCCUGCUGCACGGCGACUACUCGGUCCCACGGUACAUUCGCCUCCGGCAGGGCUCCAUGCUGGCCGAGGUCGACCGGUGGCUGGCGGACAACGGCGCUCGCCUGCGCGACGAGGCCGUCACGUGGGCGGCCGCGUUCCACUCCAAGCAGCAACACUGGCUGCAGGCGUAUGGGACGACCAUUCCCGACCACGACGACGAGGGGUAUGCCUACCGAGGGCCGCUGGACUGGAGUGAUCCCCACAUGGCGAGGGAGAGGGCAGUGCACGCCGCGGACGUGGCCGUCGAACUGGGGUUCAAGUAUCCGACUGAAGAUGGAAAGCCCGCAAGGCCGUGUCUUGGGUACAGCAAGUAUGUGUCGACUGGAGGGCCCCGCAUCGUCUAUACUCUCUACCCUUUACGCUCCAUGUGGAUGUACAUUUUGUCCUUGCCCUCGGGCAACGCGGGCACGGAGGACAAUACCCCGUACCCCAUCUGA